UAGGGUCGAAGAAUCUUUCCCGAUUAUCAGCGUAUUGCCUUUGCUCAACUCACUCAAUAACGUCGUAAUGACCACGACUGGCCUUCUGGGGAGUGUCGUAUACGAUGUCCCGAAUUAUUCUACGACCCUCAAUCUUGUCAACGUCAGCGCUCUCGUUUUCCAGGCGGACUGCAAGGCUGUUCCGCAAGCGAGGCAGAACGGUACUGUCGAUGCCCAGGAUCCGGGUUACUUCAUUCACAUCGACGACUCUCUGGAAGAUUUUGGAGUUGCUCUCAGUGCGUAGCUGACCUUACCAC